AUUUGAAAGGAAUGACAUUUUCUUCUAUUAUAUCUGCUAAUUUCAUUUAGAGUUUAGGCGAUAUAAUGUUUCUUUAAGUAUCAAUACCAAUGAAAGAUUGUUUAUUUGGAUGCGUGGAUGAAAAUGAUGAUGUCGGUUGUGAUAUAACGUUCGAAUUAAGUAGAUGGCGCCAUCUUAACUUUAUAGUUAAGAAUCAGCUGAUCGAGUGAAAUAUUGGUGCUUAUGUCUCUCAGUUGACUACUAUUUCAUUUCACUGUUUUCAAGAAAAAGUUGUCAUUCAUUGGAUCAUAAACAGAGAAACAAACGAGGUUUAAACGAACCCGAUCUAUUAUAAUAACUAUGUUCGGUCGUGUGUUUAUGUCAAAUUUUCGUAAUAUUUCGCUUCUAUCGAGGGUAUGGAAUGGACCCAACAGGGUAUUGGCUGGUAGAAAUGCUGAACAAAAAAUGAUAUCAAUUCUAAGAAACAAAUUUCCUGAAGCUAAACUUAUAGAAGUUAAUGAUGUCUCAGGAGGAUGUGGUGCAAUGUUUGAAAUAAAUGUUAUUGCACCAGAAUUCAAAGGAUUGAACACUAUUAAGCAGCAUCGAUUAAUUAAUGAUGCCCUUAAGGAAGAGAUUAAGGAUAUGCAUGGAGUAAGAAUAUAUACAAGUGUUCCUGAAACUUAGAUUAUUUGUUAUUUUUUACAAAACUAUUUCUUAUAUAAUGUAGAUGUAUAAUUAAACUGUAUAAAGUUUUGUAAAUUUUGCAUAUAAAUAUUCAUAUAUACAUCUAGCAAUAUUUAUUUGUGUUCACAUAUAUAUAAAAUUCAAUGUUUAUUUCAAGAUUUUUAAUAAUAUGAAUCAUCUAUAUGCAUAAUAAAAAUGUGUACAAUAAAUGACUUACAUAAAUAAA